UUGCGUAAGUUUGGGAUUAUAAGACAGCCAGUACGCCGAAUUGAAGUGGCUUCCGAGGUGACAACACCUACAGAUCAGCACGACGAUCGGAAGAAAGUAUUAAACCUAUCAUCAAUUCCUCUCAAUCCCAAGACAACCGCAUCCCUGGAAAAAGGUCUUCAUCUUUCAAUUCAACAUAACAGAAGCCUCCUUGAAGACAUCCUGGUGGAGGUUAUCAAUAUCACCGACAAAUUCCCUGAGGAGACAAAACGGGAAAUUGAGAUGGAAAUACUUCCAAAGAUCUUGACACAUCAGGAGCCAACACACAGGAACAGAUUUGCCAGGAUACGCAAAACCCUGAAAACGAAUGAACAAUUAGUCCUUAAGGCGGACAAAGGGGAGCUACAGUGA